UCUGGUUGGUUUGAAGUGCCGUUGGUCAGGGGUUUGCGACCUGUAUCUGAUUUUAAUUAGAGUCUUGCCGUAUCAAUCACAUUGUGUCCUUUACGGAUUGGUGGAGUUGCUACGAGCUGGACCUGGGGUGGGUUUUGAGGCGGGGCGUCCUCUCAGGACGGAAAUGGCGGACGGUUUCGCCCAGGUUAGGAAGAAACGAAGAGAUGGGGUGUUAGAAAACAACAACCUACGACAUUCAAAUCCUUUAACAUUUUGUUUAAAUUCCGUUCAUUUUCAAAAUGGAUUCAGAGAAGAACGAAACCGAGUCGUGCAUUGAUUUAGAUAUGGUGGAGUACCAUGGAAGCGGCAGCCAGCCCUUCAUAGCCAGCCCCAAGUACUGCCCUGGGGUGAAUAAAAACGGUGGCUAUGAGUGUGAGACGGGCCACUGCUGUGGAGAGACGGGGUGCUGUACGUACUACUAUGAGCUCUGGUGGUUCUGGCUCCUCUGGACCAUCCUCAUUCUCUUUAGCUGUUGCUGUGCGUAUCGUCACCGCCGGGCUAAACUGCGCAUCCAACAGCAGCAGCGGCAGAGGGAGAUUAACCUCAUAGCCUACCAUGGAGCCUGCAAUUACCCUGCAUCCAUGCUGGACCUCAGUUUCUUGGCCUCAUUCAAGCUGCCGUCCUACGAGGAGGUGGAGGCUCGUCCCAAUAGCCCUCCUCCGCCCUACAGCACCGUUUUUGCCCUUCAAGGGGGGCAGUAUGCCCACCCGGGGCCAAGCGGCAUUACAUCAUCCCAUAGCUCUGAUAACUACACCAGCUGUUCCUGCGAGUCCUGCUCAGUCUCCUCCCCAAGCAGUACCUCCUUCUCUGUGCAGGUCACCGACGAGACGGACACCAGUAACGCCACCACCCCCAGUGAGGCGGGGGACUCCAGACCACCCAGCGCCUCCACUGCCCAAUCUGAUCCCCUGGGGGCCACGGCUUCACAAGGGGACCCACCAGGGGAAAGUGUCGCCAAUGAGGGCAGCACAGAGCAGCAGUCUCCCAAAGCGACCCAGUCACCACCCAAGCACGCUCUCUUCUCUUCCACCGUUGACUUUUUUGAGCCUGAAUUUCACGCCUGCUGCGGCUCGGACAUUGAGGAGGAGGAGGAGGAUACAGAGGAAAGCCACUUCCGGCACCGCAGACUCACUGGAGAUUCUGGGAUCGAGGUUUGUCGCUGCCAGGUGGAGAGUGAGGAAGAGGAUCUUGAUGAGAACAAGGAAUGUGCGGUUCGGGAGACCACCUGCUUCCUGCAUGACAGCUCGGGGUGCUCCUACAGGGCCGAUGCGUCUCAGCCACAGUGUGGGGAGACAAUGGGCCAAACACAAGAGGAGUGUGCCAGUCUGUGCACAUCUGUCACCCUGCAGCUGAGCGGGGAAUCUGUUGUUACAGUGGAGUCAGUGUGAGGUCAUACUCUUUGGGGGGCUAAACUAGUGACCUUUAAGA